CUACAACCUAGUUCAGCCUGGCACAGUAUAUGACGGUGGUCACUGGCUUUCUAUCUGGGCAGGAUAGCACCUGCACAUCAGGGAAAACAGACCAAGCUCUCACAAGGGCAAUAUCAUCCUUUGGAACUUGUUCACUUUUAAUUACAGGAGCUUUUAAGUGAAUAAGACCAUUUGCCCAAUGAGCAGUGUCAUAAACAUUGAGGACUCUCUUAAAUCAGAAGAUGAAUGAAUGGAUGGAAUCUUUGCUGGGAUAAUAUGCAAACAAGCUAAUAUGUGCCUUACCUGGACCUCCCAACAGCUAUUUAGUGAAAAAAUAAGUGGUGCUGAAGGAACUAAACUAGACGAUGAAUUUCUUGACAUGGCAAGGAAAAUAGAUGUUACCAAUAAAGUUGUUGCAGAAAUUCUUUCAAAAACCACUGAAUAUCUUCAGCCAAAUCCAGCAUACAGAGCUAAGCUAGGAAUGCUGAACACUGUGUCGAAGAUCCGAGGGCAGGUGAAGACCACAGGAUACCCGCAGACGGAAGGCUUGCUGGGGGACUGUAUGCUGAAAUACGGGAAGGAGCUCGGGGAAGACUCCACCUUUGGCAAUGCAUUGAUAGAAGUUGGUGAAUCCAUGAAGCUAAUGGCUGAGGUGAAAGACUCUCUUGAUAUUAAUGUAAAGCAAACUUUUAUUGAUCCACUUCAGUUACUACAAGAUAAAGAUUUAAAAGAGAUUGGGCAUCACCUGAAAAAGCUGGAAGGCCGCCGCCUGGAUUAUGAUUAUAAAAAGAAACGAGUAGGUAAGAUACCAGAUGAAGAAGUCAGACAAGCGGUAGAAAAAUUUGAAGAGUCAAAGGAGUUGGCUGAAAGAAGCAUGUUUAACUUUUUAGAAAAUGAUGUAGAACAAGUCAGCCAGUUGGCUGUGUUCAUAGAGGCAGCAUUAGACUAUCACAAACAGUCCACAGAGAUUCUGCAGGAGCUGCAGAGCAAGCUACAGAUGCGAAUAUCAGCUGCAUCCAGUGUCCCCAGACGAGAAUACAAGCCAAGGCCUGUGAAAAGGAGUUCUAGUGAGCUCAAUGGAGUUUCCACCACCUCUGUAGCGAAGACGACAGGUUCUAACAUUCCCGUGGACCAGCCCUGCUGUCGUGGUCUCUAUGACUUUGAGCCAGAAAACCAAGGAGAAUUAGGAUUUAAAGAAGGGGACAUCAUUACAUUAACCAAUCAAAUAGAUGAAAACUGGUAUGAAGGAAUGAUACACGGGGAAUCCGGAUUCUUCCCCAUUAAUUAUGUUGAAGUGAUCGUGCCUUUACCUCAGUAAAUGUGUAACACAAACUCUGGACAUACUUUCAUAACUGAAAUGAAUUCACACCAGUGUGCUCUCAGUGUGGUGUUCUGUGACAUCCUUUGCUCUCUGACCAACUUAAUGACUUUUUUAUGUGUGUUCUCUUUAUAAUGUAUUUUAUAUCACUUUAAUUUGUAUAAAUGAUUUUCUUGUCCUUGCUACAUGAAAAUAUUGUUUUCUUUUUUGCUUCUUGUCCUAAAAGUCAUUGGUUAAAUGUAUUUGCUUCCUGUUGCUAAAAAUAAGUCUCACCCAUUGCAGUUAUAUCAACGAAUGGCCUAUAUUCCUCAGCUGCAACGAAAUGGUAACGUUUGAAACUAAGAAAUGUUAAAUAUUUUGUUUCUCGACAUUUGUGAUGAUGUCUGGUCUUUUCUCUUCAUUGUAUUUUAAGCUUACCUGUGAAUAGCCCAAUAAACAUGACAUACUGUGUUGGCAAAA